AUAGCGGUAAUCUGUUGGUUAUAUUGAUGUUGUAUACAGAUACAGUGGUGUACCAAAACAAAUCAACUCUUACCUAUAGCAGGAAACAUGGCCGCUCUCAUACAUGUGUUACUGACUUUGUUCGGAUUAUUACUUUCCUGUGAUGCUAGUCGUACGACGGUGAAGACCUAUAUAACGGUUGGAAACGAGAAACAGAUUAUGACGUCACCAAACUACCCCAAACCUUACGGAAAUGUACUGACAUACGAGUGGUACCUCACCGCCAAUGCCUCUAUACCGUACGGUGUUGUCAAUUUUAAGGUGAUCGACUGUCGUAUCCGAGACGCAACGCCCUGCUACGAGGAAGCUAUCAUCAUCUACAACGUCUGUUACAGGGCCGAACGAAUGGUACCCGGAAUUGGACUCCUGGUGCGGAUAUAUGUUCCCCCGGGGAAUUCUCACGGGUACACGCCGGUCUUCCCACGUGGUGUUCACUGCCAGCGCCAGACAUCACUCCAAUCCUGGCUUCAGGAUCGAGUUUUGGGCAAAGUCCAAACCUCCGAGAUCGAUAAAGCGUGCUGUGUUAACCUGGGCUCACUACACUCUGUUUGGAAUAUUCGUGGGCGUGGUUAUUUUACUAGUAGGGUACAUUUUAGUUAAUAUAUAUGCGAGAAAAUAUCGAAACGUCCAAAACUUCAAGCCAAAGUUCUUAUUUACAUGAAAACACCAACACAAGAGUAUUUUUUUGUCCUUCACAUCGAAAAUUGUGACCCCCUGUGAGUGACUAUCUAGUAAUGUUAAGUGAAUGGGAUGAUCACUUCAAACUGUGGUAAUGGGAUGAAAUACCUAUCUGUCGGUGAGGUAGACUGGAAAAUCGCAACCUUCGUGCAAUAAUGCCGUCGAUAAAGCCUCAUUCUGGAUACUGAUGUCUUACCAACGGGUCAGGAAUUCAGCGUCUGCAGCAUACAUGAAUAUAACACUUGAAAUGUGACUAUAUCCCUGAAGUAUGUCGUUGGUGCCAUAUCAUACGAAACUCUGAUAUUCGACUGAAUUGAAGGGACCAACAACACACGAAUCAUAUUCAAAUAAAUGUUUCCACUCUUAGAAAGAUGACAAACAAUGUACUCUGUGUGUGUGGUUGAGGUUGCAAACUAGUAUGACGAUAUCCGGAAAAAGUGUUACUGAUUUAUAAGUAUGUUAACGUUAAUACUUUCUGAUGUUAUGUUUGAGUAAAGCUGUUUAAAGUUUACCGGAGAUUAGUUUUAUAUGUCUAGUGUAUGUGUCAUAUGUUUUGUAUGUCUCUAUAUGGGACAAUGGAAAGUUCCAUAACACAUCUUAUAUACAAAAUAUCAUCUAUAGUAUGUACA